AUGGAGGCAAAGCGUACUUUGCUCGAGCGGGCGGCGACCGCCGGACUGAUCGAGUUCCCGCUCGAGGCCGGAAAGAAUCCCAGAAGUCACAAUCUGGUUGAAGCAGCGGACCGGAUUGACUCGUUCACCGAGAAGGCCAAAGGCAGAGUCACAUUAUUCCUGGGUGCUGCUAUUUCCACUUUCAAGCCAGCGCAGUUGCCCAUGUGGAAUGACUUUGUAGAACUGUUAUGGACGUCGGCUCUGAAUGUUGCCGUCACAGACUUACAGCCUGAUACAGUGUCUGAAGGAAUUCUAGGUUUUUUUGACCGGCUCAAGAGGACCGUACCAAAUUACAUGGUUACCGAAGUCAUCUCAAGACGCCUAGGGCAACAAUAUCUGCAAGUAUUGGAUGCAUUUGAGGCUGAGAAGCAAGACAAUGGGGCUUUUGCUUUUAACAAGAUACACAUGUGGGCUGCUGGGCUUCUAACAACAGGUGAAGUCGCUGCAGUUAUGACCACAAACUUCGACAACUACUUGGAAAAAGCCAUUGAGAGCAAAACGUCCCUCUUUUACCGAGUCGUUGGGGACCCUCAUGUGGACGGCAGGGAAAUUCUCUCUCGUUUGCCAUUGACAACGUCGGCCAAAAAGCUAGUUCUGAUUGUGAAUGGUGCAAAAGCCUUCGCUUUUAUCCGAUCGCUCAUGCCGCAGCUGGGCAACGGGAAAGUAACGUUCCUGUUCAAAAUUCAUGGCUCUUGCUAUGAUCCAGUCAGUUGCAUUGACACUCGAUUGCAACGUGCCCAAGGCCUACCUUCUUUUGCAACCGACGUGCUCGACAUUCUACUAAAACGAACCGUGUGGAUGGUUGCAGGCUUCAGUGGAAGCGACAUGAAUGACAAUCUCGACUAUCUGCGCUUUUUAUCAAACAAGAGGCAAGCCUCAAUCGUGUGGCUCACAUUCCCCCGGACUCCGUGGGAGUCGGCGAUCGAAGGCCUCACCUCGAGCAUGGACUUGGGAAAGGAUUCGCCUGUUGGAUUCUGCCUACUUAAUGGAUAUUUCCUUGGAGAAAGGCAUUCAGGCGAAAGCAAGUUCCCUCGCUUCGAGGAGAAGAUCAGAUCAUGGGCGGACGACUUGGGACCAGAUUGGUGCAAACUGCUCCUGAUCGACUUAAUCACGUUGUUCGAGGAGAGGAGUGGAGAAAAGGCUUACCCGAAAUUGCUACAAGCCCUUAACGGGGGAAUAUCGCCGAGGCGGGACUGGAAUGGAAUUUUGCAAAACAUGGAUCUUCAGACAGAAAAAUCUCAGGCAAGCUAUUCCAUCCGGCCGGCUAAGAGCUGUUCCGAAGUAUGGGAAACACUAAACCGUCUCCUCAAAGACGAAGACUCAGUCGCGCUCGGAGCCAAGCAGGAAAUCUGCAGCAAGCUGAAUAAAGGUCUCAAAGAGCUAGAGUUGCAUCAUGUUGAACUCGAAGAGGCUGCUUUGCUUCAAGCGCCUCCUCGGCAUCAUGCCCAGUCAUGGGUCGUGAGUGCCCUGAGCGGACUGGCGAUGCUAUGUGGAGGCAAGAUGGAAGACGCUGUCAGAGCGCUGCGGAUAUCAAGCGGCGUUGCUUGGUUAGUUGGAAAUUACGAAAGUCGCCAUUUGAUCGAGGACGUCCUGACUGCCAUUCUUCAAGAGCGGCGAGCUUCAACGGAAUCCAGACUGGUAAAGACCAGCGCCACCCAACGAAGUGCAAAAUGCGUCGCCUUCAGCCCUUCGAUGGACAAUGUCAACGCUAAAAUGAAUAGAUUUGGUGUUCCCCCUGAAAAUUACAUGAGAGCCCUCCUACAUCGAUCUAUUCUGUUCGCCGAUGGCAUGGCUGUUCCUCCAAAUACCAUCACCAACUCUACGGUGUUUGUGGAUGAGAUAUUGUUCCAAGGCCAGCGCGACCAGUUGGACGAAGUCUAUAUGCGUCAUAUAUUCCCAAUCUUACCAGCGAAUCUGAAAGACGGCCCUCGCAAAUUGCAAAGGUGUCGUGAGACUAGAGCGAAACUAUACAUAUUUGAAUCGGUCAGCGAGGAUCAUAUUGCGCAGAUGGACAACUACUUUGAUGAUCCGGCGAACACUCACCAAAUCCUCUAUUACGACGAACCUACACUGAGUUUGGACUACGGCAAGUAUCUCCGGGCUGAAGUUGGCCCUCUUCAUCGGGACCAAACCGUCGAACAUCUGGUCCAACUUUGGAACCACAUCGAAGCGGGAGGGCACUGGGAUGUGGACGAUGCCUAUGUUGAACGAUCUUCGAUUGCGAAAGAGGUGGCUGAAGACCUUUCCGACUCCCUUUUCCUAUUAUCAAAGCACCUUCCAGAAGCAGUGUUUCGAUCGCCGCUGUACAAAUUCGCAGAUCUCUUUGAUGAAGCAAGCGACAGAGACAGUGUCAUCCAAUUUCUCACAAAGGACACCGGCGAGGACGCUAAGGCCCAGCUUCUGAUGGCGCGGGAUCGAAUCACGGAGAAGCCCUGGCUCUAUGGCCCCUUUUGCCACGAGAUGUUUGAUGCCCCGUACCGUGCGACUUUGACAUUCGACUAUGCUUCACAUGCCGAAAAUGAAACGCUCAUCUUUCUCGAGGAUGACGAGGUUCCCUCAUGGCAGUUCAUGUCGUCAGUGGCCCAGUCGGGAGAUUACAAAAAGAGCUUUUCAACUUUUGCGGUUUCUUCUGGCAGCCACAAGUACUCUUCGUUGCUCCUAAGUCAAAUGCCUACAGCAGCUUUGUUGGACAUGAGGGACGACCUGGCGCCGGUUCGGGAGAAGAUUUUCAAUGGCGCAGAGCUUUCGGCGGACGAUGUACAAAGAAUGAAGAGUGCCAUGCGUUCAUUUGAAAGUCGGUCACUGGUCCUGCCCGCGGUCGAAGUCGAAGGCAUCAUUCAUCUUGAUCCACACAUCAAAGAGCCGGCCAAAAAGCUGUUGUCGCAGUGUCUCUUUCUGGUUAGAAAGGGCCUCCCUCUCGAGCCCAUGUAUGAAGAGGCACAAGUCACCCUUCCCGGACUGCUGGCCUUGCGACGGGAGGCGACUUGA